GUUCUUCCAGCAGCAGCUCAUACUGACCGCUAGUUCUCACCGGGAAAACUCUCUAAAAGUCGUCUGACAGAAUGUAAGCAGGAUCAUAUCGCUUGUGGGGAUAAAUAUUAUUUAUCGCGUUUUGGAGCGUGAUUAACCUAAAAGGCUGCGAGGAUAUCUGUUAAUUUUACAAGAAACCCAUCGAACCAGGACGGCUGAGUGGACUAAAGGCAACGGGGUAGGAGGGGAUUUGGGGAGAAGGAUCAGGGGCUAAUUCUGGACAUGACCAAUACUGAAGGAGCUUCUCUCAAGACAUACUAUUAUCCAGAUUAUUACAUUUAAUUUGUUGCCUUUUAAAGACUCCUGUGCCUCCCCUGGGAGAAUCCUGUGGAGCUGGCUGCGGGAUUGUCUUGUCUAUCAAAACAAAGGAACAGGAGCGGAGGCUAGUCGGAAGGAAAUGAGGAGAGUCUCUUUCCAGCAUGGAUAAAGUGGCCGGGCUGCCUGCAGUGUCCUGGAUUAAGUCAGUCUCACACACCAGCAGGGUGCAGGCUAGAGGUGACUGAAUGAAUUUGGAUGAGGAAAGCACAAAGUCGUGAGACAAUAGGACUUAGCCAGAGUAUGUAGGAGCCCUCUUUGGACCAUACUGAAAGAGAAGUGCAUGGUUACAGACCUAAACCACAGCAAUAUCUGCAGCCUGAGCUGAAUUUAUUUCUGAACUUAUAUUUUCCAAGCCAGAAACCCAGAACAACUGUGAAGCCCAGAAUUUUUGACCACAUACGCAGCAGAGGUUUUCAGGAAUUGAAGUCAUGCAUAUUUUCAGCUCACAUUUAUCGUCACUGAAUCUUUCUGGAUAUGAACUAACACCAAAGACAAAAACGGGACAUAGCUGCAUCUGUCUUCUUUUUGAAAAACAGUACUAAGACACUUUCCACUCAGCUGGAGCUUUUAAAACUUCUGUUCUUUUGGAGACUUGAUUCACAUUUGAGGCUUCAAGGGUACAUACAUCUCAUCGUUUUCAAUCUACGUUUUGGGUUGUGCAUUUUUUCAUUUUUUAUCAGCCAAGGAAAUAUUUCAAUCCAGAGAAGUCAUGAAUUUGGGAAAACUCUCUGGCCUGAAGGGCCUUGUAUCCCACUCCUCAGGAAAGCGUCGCUUUAAAGGUGACCUCACCCUGGACAUGAUAAGCCCACCGCUGGGAGACUUCCGUCAUACCAUGCACGUUGGGCGCGGAGGGGAUGUUUUUGGCGACACUUCAUUCCUCAGCAACCACGGCGGAGCAGGAAACAACACAGAUGGAGACUCUUCCUCAACUUCAGAGAAGAAUGAGGGAUUCUUCUCCCGAACUCUUCGCCAUGUCCGCAGGACCCCAGACAGGCCCCACGGUGGCUACAAGGACCUUUCGCCCCCGCCUCCACCAAUUUCUCCCAUCAUAAAAAAUGCUAUCUCUCUGCCCCGUCUGGAUGUGGACUCGCCCAAUGGUUGUCCUGUGAAAGUGCUUUUUCCUAGUACACCCAAGACACCAGAAAAUUCUACUUACAUGUACGGUUUGGAGUCUGGUUUCGUCACUUUGCCGAGGCUGUCGCGCACCGAGCGUCAAUCCCAGGGCAGCUUUCCCCCAUCAUGCCCUCCUGAAAUCCACAGAGGCUCCCUCACCGACACGGGUAUCUCCUGUUUACCCUGCUCAGACUCCGUCAGUCCCUCGGACUCCAUGAACUCUUUCACAUUCGAUCUGGGCCCUUCCCUCAUGUCCGAGGUUUUCGCCAUGAUUGACAGCCCUGUGUGUGAAAAAAGCAUUUCCUUCAGUGAAACCACGUGUGAGCCCGCAUUAGGUUCGACUGAUGAUGAUGUCGACUCGGAUGCGACCACAUCCUUGGUGGACUCCCUCCUCAGAGAAGACAGUGACGGAAGGACGCGGUUGUACGGAGGAGAGUGGAAACAUUUGGACUUUGUAAAUGGCGAGUCGCCGAAAAAAUCCAAGGUGGGAGAUGUGAUGUUCUCUGACGCUGUUGAGGAUCACGGCAUGGAGCCAGAGCAUUUCCAGAGGGCUGCAGAUGUGCUGGCACGUCAUUACGGAGGAGGACUGAGAAAUGCAGAUGCCAACAGUUCUCACAGGAGACCCUACAACUAUCCUGAUGAGGAGGAGGAGAUCAAAGUCUAACAGUAUGAGAAGGCUCAAAAGAAAACAUCAAAUCACAAGUAGUUUUAAUAAGCUUUGUAAUGGGUAAAAUGAAAGCUGGAUUUUGAUGAUUGACAGGUUUGUAGGCCCUGUACUGAAUGCAUCAGGAUGGAUUUGCUUUCAUGCUACAAAUGCCAUGUGGUGAUGUGUCUAUUCCUAGUUGAAACAUUACCAAAACGUCGUCGGAUGUUUGUGAAAUGGAUUUUGGUUUCAGGUGUAAUGGAUCUAUAAAGAACUUUUGAUAUAAUGCUUCCAAGGGGAGGGCCUUAAUUUUUUUUGCCAAUUUCAGCCCUGACCUUGGAAAAAGCAAAAUAAAAAACUCAAUAUACUGUGCAGGGAUGCAUAAAACAUGCCAACCAAAAAGAUAAGUCUGGCAAGCCAAACUCUCUCUGAUCUCAUUACCUAAAACAUUAGCUUUGAUCCAGCCACAUACGACCUGUUAUGGUUACUUUGUAAUACAUAAUAGAGGCAAUGUUGCUAAACAAUAGCUAUGAAAUGGCAACUUUAUGCCACUUAGAUACUCAGAACUUGCGAUAUUUAGAUUUCAAGUAAACCUUUUUUUCUAUGUAGUGUACAGUAAUAUUAUGUAAAAGUAUGAACGGAAGUAUAUCUCUGCUAGCCAACUUAUAUCUACUAUGCAAACCACUUUAGCUGCGACACAGAAUUAAAACAUUUUACAGUCAUGUAGAUUUAAAAGCACAAAUUCCCUGAUAACACAUGUACAUCUGUAAGAUGUUUGCUAAAUCUCUGUAAAUCUGGAAAGCAUCUGCUGUGUAAAAACAUCUGAUAAACGUUUUAGAAAAAUCGUACACAUCUUACAUGUUCAUAAUAUCUGUUGGGAAACAUCUCAGAGAUGUAUUAAAGACACUACAUUUGUAAACACAUGCAUCAAAUAGACGUUUCAAAGAUGAAUACGUGCUAUCAGGGUUCCCAUUGUGGAUGAAUUUUUGUGGCAGUUUUAUUUUUAUUCACCCAUGUCAUUUCCUGAGAAACAUUCGUCUGUACGAGACAAAGCCGCAGGUCAGUGCGAUGCAAAAACUGUAACUAAAAAAAGACAAAAAUGA